GGCGGAACCGAUCAUAGGAAAGUCAAGUGUAGCGUCGGACGUCCUUGUGCCCACAACAUCCGGUAUCAGGUCAAAAUGCUCUCUCUCAGAGGGUUACAGUGGAUUAAACCUGCUCUACCUCUGAUUACAAACACAGGUUUCAGGACUCUGACUGUCUCCUCAGAUGUUCUCCAUCAGACAGAGGAUGUGCUCGUUAAGAUUGAGAACCCGUUCAAAGAACCUCAGAAAGGAUGCGUCCUCUGCAGCGUGACGGUGGACUACAGGAACACUCAGCUGCUGUCCCAGUUCAUCUCUCCUCACACGGGGAGGAUCUACGGCCGACACAUCACAGGCUUGUGUGCCAGGAAACAGAAGGACAUCUCUAAAGCUAUAAAGAAGGCUCAGUCUAUGGGUUUCAUGUCAGUGACACACAAACACCCUCAGUUUAUGAAGGACCCCAACAUCUGUAACAUCAAACAGCUGGAGUAGAUCCUCUGUCUGUGUGUGUGUGUGUGUGUGUGUGUCUCCUGUUUAAUGUUUGUUUAUUAAAGUCUGUCCUCUCUGAG